CCUUUGUCGGGACUUGAUAGCAGAGGGCACUGCUUGUGUUUUUGACCAAAUAGCCUUGAUUGAUAUUAGAGCAGCGGAAUGAGCGACAUGGACGAGAUAGCCGCCCUGGUCAUUGACAACGGUUCUGGGAUGUGCAAGGCAGGGUUUGCAGGAGAUGAUGCUCCCAGAGCUGUGUUCCCUUCUAUUGUAGGCCGACCCAGACACCAGGGUGUCAUGGUGGGUAUGGGGCAGAAGGACAGCUAUGUCGGCGAUGAGGCCCAGAGCAAGAGAGGUAUCCUCACCCUGAAGUACCCCAUUGAACACGGUAUCGUCACCAACUGGGACGAUAUGGAGAAGAUCUGGCAUCACACCUUCUACAAUGAGCUGCGUGUGGCCCCAGAGGAGCACCCAAUCCUUCUCACUGAAGCCCCCCUGAACCCCAAAGCUAACCGUGAGAAGAUGACUCAGAUAAUGUUCGAGACUUUCAACACCCCUGCUAUGUACGUGGCUAUUCAGGCCGUACUGUCUCUAUAUGCUUCUGGUCGUACCACAGGGAUCGUGUUCGACUCGGGAGAUGGCGUCACCCACACAGUACCCAUCUAUGAAGGCUACGCUCUCCCCCACGCCAUCCUCCGCAUGGACCUGGCUGGGAGGGACCUCACCGACUAUCUCAUGAAAAUUCUCACAGAGCGUGGGUACUCAUUCACGACCACAGCCGAAAGAGAGAUUGUGCGAGACAUUAAGGAGAAAUUGUGUUACGUUGCCCUUGAUUUCGAGCAGGAGAUGGCGACUGCUGCUGCUAGCUCCUCCCUGGAGAAGUGUUAUGAACUGCCUGACGGUCAGGUGAUCACCAUCGGUAACGAGCGGUUCAGGUGCCCGGAGGCGUUGUUCCAGCCGUCGUUCUUGGGCAUGGAAGCCGCCGGCAUUCACGAGACCACCUUCAACUCCAUCAUGAAGUGUGACGUAGACAUCAGGAAAGAUCUGUACGCUAACACUGUGCUGUCCGGGGGGACUUCCAUGUACCCAGGGAUCGCUGACCGCAUGCAGAAAGAGAUCACCAACCUGGCCCCGGCCACCAUGAAGGUGAAGAUCAUCGCUCCACCAGAACGGAAAUAUUCCGUCUGGAUAGGCGGCUCCAUCUUGGCGUCUCUGUCCACCUUCCAGCAGAUGUGGAUCAGUAAAUUGGAGUAUGAUGAGUCCGGUCCUGGAAUCGUGCACAGAAAAUGUUUUUAAAAGAACUCCACGGCUUCAAAGCUAGAUUUAUGACAAUACAUUUUAAUACAACUGUGAAUGAGUUUGUGAAAUUUGACUUUCUUUGAUACUAGUGGCUUUUGAUCACUGGUAGAACUUCAUUGGUGAUGGUGAGCAGCGGGUAUCUAUGUAUUUAUACUAAAACCUGGUUGUGAAGAAGCGUGUUUCCUGGUGGUAUUAUUUCUGAUAAUGUUUAAGAUGUAAGUUACAAUUUCGCCGUUUACUACGUAUUCGCAGUGUAAAGCGUGUACAUUUGCAUGAUGAACGAGUAAUUAUAUAAAUGUGUUUACAAAUAUUAAUACAUUUAUGCCGGAUCGAAUGAUUUCCAUUGUGUAUAUAGCUGUUAAAG